GUGGUGUCUUAUCAAAAAAAUUCGUUUCAAAAAAAAAUCCCACAAAUAUUAAGAAACAAGAAUUUAAAUUUGAUGAAAGUGAUCCUAAUCUACUUCAAAAUAUUGAGAAUCAAUUAAAAAUAUGGAAUGAACAAUUUAAAAAAGUUGACGUUGAUACUUCAUUUUUUCUUAAUAAUAAUGGUGAGGCAAUUAGUCGUGACGGAAUUAAAGAUUGGUUGAAAAAUCUUGAAAAUAAACCUAGCAACUGGGAGGUUAUUUCUUCGGAAGAUUGGAUGCCAAUAUGUAAUAUUAUUUCUAAAGGGGAAAAUUUAAUACAAGAUAUUAAAAAAAAAAUAACGAUUAAAUUUCCUAAGCCAUUUUCUAAUAAAAACUAUCAUAUAGUUGGAAAUGUUGUUAAGGAAAAUGUAGAUUAUUGGGAGAAUGUUCCAGAAAUAACAGUCAUAUUCGAUCGCGUUAAUGAAAAUACAU